UCUCUCUCUUUAAUAUUCUUUCCUUAUGGCUUCUUCUAUCACACACUUACCAAACAAAACUAGCAUGAUUCACAUUACAUUCCCACAAAACUUUCACCCAAAAACUCAUCCUUUUGGUCAAGUUUCAUUACCAAAUAACAAUCACUUGUCUCCUUCUUUGAAGUCAUCAAUUGUAGCAUCAAAUUCAGCUUUACUAGAAAUCAUCCUUCCCACCACCACCAACAACAAUAACAACAUAUACACUAAUACUAUUAGCACCUCCAUUACUCCUAAACACACACAAAAAAUCACACACAAAAUUUCCACUUCUUCUACUACUAUAACUACUACAAAACAUUUAGCAAAUAUUUGGAGAGAGAUUCAAGGGUGCAACAACUGGGAAAAUCUUUUAAACCCUUUACACCCUAUUCUUCGCGAAGAGAUAAUUCGAUAUGGAGAGUUUGUUACAUCUUCUUACAAAGCCUUUGAUCUUGAUACAAACUCAAAAAGAUACUUGAAUUGUAAAUAUGGCAAAAAGAAUAUGUUGAAAGAAGUUGGAAUGGAAAAUUGUGGCUAUGAAGUCACAAAAUAUAUCUAUGCAACACCACCAAACAUCAUGGAAAACAAUUCUUCUGGCCGGUGGAUUGGUUACGUAGCAGUUUCAUCUGAUGAUUCUUACAAAAAACUCGGUCGAAGAGACAUAGUUGUAACUUUCCGUGGAACAGUUACAAAUCAAGAAUGGAUUUCAAAUCUCAUGAGUUCUUUAACACCAGCUUCACUUGAUCCAAAUAAUCAACUUCCAAAUGUGAAAGUCGAAUCCGGCUUUCUUUCUUUGUAUACUUCUGAUGAAAGUUCUUCAAAAUUUGGACUUCAAAGUUGUAGAGAGCAACUUCUUUCAGAGGUUUCAAGGUUGAUGAAGAAACAUAAAGGUGAGAAGAAUGUUAGUAUAUCUUUAGCUGGUCAUAGCAUGGGAAGUGCUUUAGCUAUUUUACUUGCUUAUGAUAUUUCAGAGCUAGGUUUAAACAAAAAAAAUGACAAAAAUGAUGCUAGUGUUACAGUAUUUUCAUUUGGAGGACCAAGGGUUGGUAACUUAGAGUUUAAAAAAAGAUGUGAAGAGUUAGGUGUGAAAGUGUUGAGAAUAUCAAAUGUUAAUGAUCCUAUAACAAAACUACCGGGUGUUGUAUUCAAUGAAAAUUUUAGGGUUUUGAUGGGUGGGAGAUAUGAGUUUCCUUGGAGUUGUUCUUGUUAUGCACAUGUUGGUGUUGAACUUAUGCUUGAUUUCUUCAAUAUGCAAAACCCUUCUUGUGUUCAUGAUUUGGAUACUUAUAUUGGUCUUCUUAGAUGCCCUAAAAAAAAGAUUGAAGAAGUGAUUCAUAGUCAAAGUGAUGGUGGUGGAGUCAACUUUUUGUUGGAGAAGGCAAGGAUGUUUCUAUUGAAAUCAUCAAUAUCACAAGUUUUUGCAGCUGGAGGUGGUAACUACCACGAUUUUCUUAGUUCAGUUUCAACGGACAUACUAUGUUCUUGGAGUGAUGAACUACUUUUUGGCCUUGUUCUUUUAUUGUUGUAAUUUGUAUAACUUCUAAUUAGUAAUUAAUCUAGAGUUAGAGUCGCUAAGAUGAGAUGAAACAGAUCUCUUUCAGCUUAAUCAGAGGUUUGGUUUUGAAUCCAGUCAUAGGUAAACAUCGGCAUUGAAACUCAUGAAGGAGAGUUUGGUCUAUGUAGUUGUGAAAAGCUAGAGAAUUAGCAAAAGACUAAUUGUAAGUGAAGCCUAAAAAUAUGGUACUAGGCUAUGUAUAUAUGUACGUAAUAUGUAUAUUAAUGGAGUUUCCAUAUUUAACUUAUAAAUAGUUUUGGAAGGAUUUCUUAA